AUGGAAGAAUUACUGGCGCCCGCUCGACCUGCUCGAAGAUCAACGGGAGUCAAGGUGAUCAAGAAAGAUGUUGCAUGUGCUGUGUUGCAAAAUCAGUGGGAGUGGGCGACUAUUUUUCUUGGAGUGAUCCUGAACGGCGGUACACUCACGGCAACAAGUGCAGCUUGCACUGAAUAUGAGCUCAAUCAUCAUUUUCUUGACAGCAAUACCAAGGUGGUAUUCACCUAUCCAGAAUCUCUUCAGAAAGUACGGAGAGCAGUUCAGUUAACCUCUUCUGUAAAGAUCAUAAUUUGCUUUGAAAAUGCCUCCGCUUCGAAUUUCUCGUGCGAGUUCUAUGCAUGGAAAGAUGUUCUAACAACCCAACCCAACUUCAAUCUAGAGGUACCAAUGCUGGACGUUGAUCUGGACACAGUGUUCAUGCCUUACUCGAGGCAUGACGCAAUGCGUAUGGCUGGCGCAUUAACACCACCUUGGAACCACGACAAGGACAAGCGAUUUCUCUUUCUGCCCUUCCAUCACUGCUUUGGAUUCGCAUUAAUGAUGGCGAACUUUUUGGAUGGUGGAACAGCGGUGGUGAUGUCACACUUUCAACCGGAACUAUUCUGCGAGACUAUUCAAAAAUAUAAAAUUCGCUACGUCGCUGCUGUUCCGCCUGUGCUAAUAUUCCUUGCUAAGAAUCGUAUCUGUCAACGGUACGACCUAUCUUCACUCCAGUUCAUCUUUAGCGGAGCUGCACCAGCUGGAAAGGAUUUGUGCGAGGAAUUGGCACGAAAAUAUGGAAAUAUGAAGCACAUAUAUCAAGCAUAUGGUAUGUCUGAAUUGUGUAUGGCUUCACACAUGCCGGAUGCGUUUGAAGGGCAACCAUUUGGGAGUGUUGGAAAGCUUCUUUCGAACCUUGAAAUGAAGAUUGUUGAUCCAGAAACGAACAUUGAAAAAAAUCGUGGUGAAGAAGGAGAAAUAUGCAUACGUGGUCCAACCGUAAUGCUCGGUUACCUCGAACAACCUGACGCCACCCGAGAGUGCAUUAGGGACGGUUGGGUGCAUACAGGAGACAUUGGUUAUGUAAAUGAAACAGGCAACCUAUUCAUUGUAGAUCGACUCAAAGAACUGAUAAAAGUCAAAGGAUAUCAGGUUUCUCCUGCUGAGUUGGAAAACAUAUUGCUAUGUCAUCCUCUUAUCCAAGAUGCCGCCGUAAUUGGUGUUCCGAAUACGGAAAGUGGAGAGCUUCCCAAAGCCUUUGUAGUUUGCAGUUCAACUGAACUAACCGAAGAGGAAGUAAUGUCGUUUGUUAAGGGCAGGGUCUCAUCGUAUAAACAGCUGUCUGGAGGCGUUGAGUUUGUGAAGGAAAUUCCGAAGUCACCAGCUGGGAAAAUAUUACGGCGAAUACUUUACGAACGAAGCCAGUCGAAACUUUAG